ACUGGAGGUGGAGGAGAAGGAGGAGCUGGAGGUGGAGGUCAUGGAGGAGGAGGUGGAGGAGGAGGAGCUGGAGGUGGAGGAGAACGAGAAGGUGGAGCUGGAGGUCGUGGAGGAGGAGAAGACACCUGCAGACAAAAUGGCCUCAUCAACACCCACAGACUGGGGGCGGAGCCUCGGGAGGCGCUGCUGUUGGUGUACUCAGCUCCUCAGUAUCAGGGUCAUGUGGUGGUGAACACUCCGCAGGAGAGGAGCAGCGCAGGAGGGAGAGGGGGAGGAGGCGGUGGGGCUCCUCCUCAGCUCCUCAACCCCAGCGCUCUCCUCCCCCACCAGACGCUGUCGGACCCCCGCCUCAGGCCCGCCCCCGGCCUCCUCCUGUGUCCAGAGAGCGUUCUGCGGGCGUGGGGAGAGGCGGGAGGAGGAGACUGCUGCGAGACCACCUUUAUCGAGGGGCUCGGCCCCGACGCCUCCUCCUCAGCUGCUGCUGCCUCCUCCUCCAUGAAGGAGGCGCUGCUGUUCGCUGACAGGAAGUUUCUGGACUUCUCUGGAGAGGACGCAAAGAUUCACACGCUGUCGUACGACAUCGACGAUGAUGAUGAGUUCCAGGAGCUCGAGAGUGAUUAUUCCAGCGAAUCAGAGAGUGAGGAUGCCUUCCUGUUGAUGCCUCCCAGAGAUCACCUGGGCCUCAGUGUCUUCUCCAUGCUCUGCUGCUUCUGGCCGCUCGGCAUCGCCGCCUUCUACCUGUCACACGAGACCAACAAGGCGGUGUCUAAAGGAGACUUCCACCUGGCGAGUUCCAGUUCGAGGCGGGCUCUCUUCCUGGCUGUGCUGUCCAUCACCAUCGGGACAGGUAUCUACGUGGGCGUGGCUGUGGCACUCAUCGCCUACCUCUCCAAGAACCACCACUGGUCGGCCUGCGACAACGAGCCGGAGGACAACUUCCUGUUUGCAGAUGCAGAGACGCUUGUGUUUCUACACGGUGACGUCUGGAUGAAGCUCAACGGGUCGACUGUUUGUCGGGUGUUUUCCAGGACUGGAACCUGAAACCUUUAAACCAAUCAGACGGCAGGAUCUUUGACCAACCAAGACGCCGCAAACACAGUUUGUUUGUCAAUCUCAGAUCCAGCUUGAGUCGACGGAUGUUUCCUGUGACUUUUUUCUUUUCAUUCAGAUUUUGAUGUGAUUUUAACUUUAAACAGAUAAAAAUAUUUCACAGCUUCAUGUUUUUAU